AUGAAUGAAGAUUUGGUGCAAAGCGCCGUCAGCUUCCUCAAGGACCCUAAUGUCACCAGCUCCCCCUUGAACAAAAAGGUGGAGUUUUUGCAGACCAAGGGACUAAAUGAGCAGGAAAUCGAAGAGGCCCUCAACCGAGCCAACGCCAGCUCCAACCCUUCUACAUCCAUUGCUCAACCGUCGUCUGUGGGCUCGUCUGCGCACACACACGCACCGGCCUCGUUCGGGCCUCCUAUCGACUACUAUAACGUGCCGCCAGCGAUUCCCGACAGAACCUGGAAAGACUAUUUCAUCAUGGCCACUGCCACGGCAGGCGUCACCUACGGGUUAUACCAAGUGGUGUCUCGGUACGUCAUUCCAAGCCUUAUUCCACCUACUCAGAGCAGUAUUGAUGCCGACAAGCAACAAAUCGACGAAGAGUUUGUGAAGAUCGAUAAGUUGUUGGAGCAAUUGGCCAGUGAGCAGAAGGAAAUCAAGCAGAGCAACGAAGAAAAGCUUCUGGAAAUUGACGAUGCCAUCAACAACGUCAAUGACUUCUUGACCAAGUACAACAAGGACAAGUUGGUGUUUGACGACGACUUGCGGUUGAUGAAGUUGGAAAUUGAUAAUUUGAAGAACUCGGUGGAGAAAAAUCUAAACUUGACCAAGGACAACGUGAAGGAUGAUUUAUCCAAUAUCAACGAGGAGUUGAUCAGCUUGAAGAACCUCAUCAAGUUAAGGUCCUCGAAGGAUAUAGAGAGAAAAAUUACACCUGUGAGCUCGAUUCCAUCGGCAUCUGAGAUCUUGAAGAAGGCCAAAAAGUCUGUACCUGCCGCCAUUGUCACCCAGGAGCCACCAACAGUCCAGCAGGCCACGGAGGCGUCGCCUGUGCCGGUGCCAGCACCCGCUCCUGCCGCUGCCCCCAAAGAAAAUGGGGUGAGGUUUUCUGAGGCUACCAGCUUAAACGGGGUGACAGCUGGAGGAAUCCCCGAAUGGCAGAUGAAACAUAAGUUAAAGGAACAGGAACAAAUGGAGCAAGAGAAAGUCAUCAAAGACACCAUCGACAACGUCGGGGUUCCAGCAUGGCAGUUAAAUCAAUCGUGAAAUUACCAUAAACCACUGAAAAAUUUCACUAUGUAAAAAAUUAAUGUAUACCGCGUAAUGGACAAACCAGCCAAAA